GGCACAAUGAUCACCGCUGUUACGAAUGUUAAGAACCUCUCGAGCGUUUUGUGUUACAAUCGUAGCGAGAAGAUUCGAUCUAUAUAAAUACUCUGGAUUUGUAGCAAAAUAUGUCGACACAAGGCACAGAGCUUUCGAAUUGCUUCGUGACUCGAGAUGUCGAGACCAUGUCAGACGAGACACAGAGCAAUCGCGCAGAUAUCUUGGAGUGCCUGUCAGUUCUAAUUAACGAAGACAACAAUGAGAAUGGUCGAAUACAAGAAUUAAUAUUGGAGGAGCAGUUACUAAGCGGGACUACAUUGACAGCUGUAACAUUACCGGAUGGAACACAAGCAUUUGUGGCAAAUAAUUGUAACGACAAUGUGUUGGAUACAAAGGGUCAAGCAACGUUAGAAUUGGACAAUGGAGAUACUAUAUUACUUCGAGAUGUAUCAGAGUUUACAGAUGGUAAGUCACUUCAACUGGAAUUAGAUCCAUCGGUUUUGGUGGAAACACGUAAUGCCACUAUAGAGAAUGCGGAGAAUAGCUAUCCAAGAGUGGAGUUCAUAGAUGGUACUGCCUAUAUGGUGACAGGCCAUCUUGACGUCGGCAGAGAUCUCUGGGAAAUCGAGAGUGGUAAACUUAAAAAGAAGGACCCUAAGAUUUUGUUAAAUAAACUGUCUGCUUCGAGGAUCAGGCAUCCUUGUCCAAGAGAAGGUUGCUCAAAGGUCUAUAGUACUCCCCAUCAUCUUAAGGUACACGAACGAUCCCACACUGGUCAGCGACCAUAUCGAUGCACGCAUCCGAAAUGUAAGAAGAGCUUUUCGACAGGCUACAGUCUGAAGGCUCAUUCACGUACACACACAGGAGAGAAACCUUACAAAUGUCCGAACGAAGCGUGCGACAAAAGUUUUAAAACUUCUGGGGAUUUAUUAAAGCAUGUUCGAACACACACUGGAGAACGCCCUUUUCUGUGCCCGUUCGACGGUUGUGGUCGGUCGUUUACCACAAGCAACAUUAGAAAGGUUCAUGUCCGAACGCACACGGGUGAACGUCCAUACAAAUGUACGCAGCCUAAAUGUGGAAAGGCUUUCGCUAGCGCGACCAACUAUAAAAAUCAUAUUCGAAUUCAUUCCGGCGAGAAACCUUACGUUUGCUCGAUCGAUAGUUGUGGAAGGAGAUUCACAGAGUAUUCUAGUCUUUACAAACAUCACCUCGUUCAUACACAGCAGCGACCCUUCGAAUGUAAAGUUUGUUUCCGGAGAUACAGACAGAGCAGUACUCUUAUAAUGCAUAAAAGGACGGCGCACGCGUUAGUCGAUAAUGACGAUAACGUAGAUGUUUUUUCCCAAGAACCAGUGCCGGAGCCUAUUAAUCGAGCCAAAGACAGACGGAAGGCGUACGUAUCUCGAGAAAAAACUGGGAGUCCACCGCUAAAGGUUGUAGAGAAAGAUAGACAAUCUCAAAUUCAUUCCAAAGCGGUCGAUGAUCUAAACGAAAAUGAAACGCAGAUACUAUUUGUCGGUGAUCCUUCACAAAUUGCAGCAUUACAGAAGAUUGAGUUGAACAACGGAUUCGACGAGCCUGGAAUGGAUACCUCGUUCGAAGAACUCAAUAUAAAGAUCGAAGACAUAGAACUUGGUUGGAAUUAGCGCGUCAUUUGGAUAACGGUGGUUGCUCGAACGUUAAUUUGUUUCGUGUAUUUUCAAUAAUCUUGUUCCACGCUACAACACCUUAAUUUCGUUGGCACGAAUGGCGCAGUCAACGUUGUGCUUUAUUGUAAGAGAAUAAAGUAUCAAUUAUUUAAGUGUCUAGAAGUUAUUCGGUACUAAUCGGACAAUGUUUUUGUUUGUAAUUACCC